AGUCCUCCUGAGGCCUACUGAUGCCGACCGGCAUGACAAGGCAAAGAAUGAGCUAAUCGAUUCUCUGUGCCGGUGCAUCACUGCUAGAUUUAGUGACGUGAACAGUGGUGUCCUGCAGGCCAUGCGGCUGACCAGUUUCCAGUACUGGCCAGAGGCAGACACAAGUUCAGAUUUUGGUGAUGAAGAGGUAAACAAACUCAUCAGUCACUUCCGACCUCUUUUCCUGUCUGCUGGAGUGGAUGUGGAGUUGAUCCCUGAUCAAUGGACAAUUCUCAAGACUGAACUGUACACAGCAGGAUUCAGCCAAGGAAACUUUGAGCAGACCUGGCCUACUGUGAACAGAAUGCUGCGCCAUCGAUGUCCUGAUGUCCUUGAUCUUUUUGAUGCUCUCCUGACCAUCCCUGCAACUACGGCUGACUGUGAAAGAGGGUUCAGUGUUAUGAAGCAGGUAAAGAGUGACUGGCGCUCCCGCCUAAAAGGUGAAACCCUCUCUGACCUCCUUAAAACCCAGUUGUGCUCACCUGACAUCAAAGACUUUGAUCCAACCAAAGCCAUUGAGAUCUGGCAUGCUGACAGUUUGCGCUCACGCAGACCUGACUUUGUGCGCAAACAUGGACCAAAAGAAACAGAGGGUGGCUCAGAUUCUGAUGGCACCACAUCUGAAGAAGAAGAGCUCUGA